AUGAAUCGAUAUCGCGACGAUGCAGAUGCAGAGGUCGAGCCUCUACUUGAGGAUGAUGUCGGAGACUUCGCCCUGUUCGCCGAUGUUGAGGCGGAAGACGAGCCCUGGAUUGCCUCGCCAUCAGUAGCAUCGCGGGGUCGCACGCGAUGGCAGUCCGAGUGGACCACCUGGAAGACUGCGGCAUGUGAGCUCAACGUUAAUCGUUUCCGACCAGACACGCCCUUUGCUAUCGUCCUGCUGCUUGCCACCAUCAAGGGUAUCCUCAUCGCCAGCGGGGUCCUGCUCAUGACACCCAUGGUUCGCCUGAUGGAAGACGCCAUUUGCCACGUGCACUACCACAAGGACGUCUCCGAGCCGAUUGAUGAGAAGGACUGCAAGGUUGAUGAUGUUCAGUCUCAGUUGGCCUACCUGGGUGGCAUCGGGGCCCUGGUGGCGUCCCUUGUCACGCUAGUCGUCGCUUUUCCAUAUGGUGUGUUGGCGGACAGGAUGGGUCGUAAGCCGGCUUUCUUUCUCGCCUAUGUGGGGAUUCUACUUGGAUUCGGCUGGGGCCCGUUCGUCCUCUCACUUUCGCACUUCCCAAGCAUUUGGGUCCUCCUCUUAGGGCAUGUCUUCUUCCUGAUUGGAGGCGGUGUGCCCCUUGCCAUCAACAACAUUUAUGCCAUGGCUGCAGAUGUCAGCAACGAAGCCAACCGGUCGACUCAUUUUCUGUACCUCUCUGUAGGCGCCGUUAUCGCGGGACUUUUUGUGCCUCUGCUGUCCGGCUUUCUGCUAGAGACAUACGGCCCAUGGGUCCCAAUCCGCAUCGUCUUUUGCCUAAGUCCAGUCAUUCUCACAGCUGCUAGUCUCCUGCCCGAGACGUUACGCGUCAAGUUGCCUGAUGGCGACGCCAUACCUGAACCGACUAAGCCUUUCGUGGCAACCGUCAAGGACCAUGUCCGCACAUCUCUUGCCGAGCUCGCCAGCGCCAGAGUUUUGCUCCGCAACCGCAGCGUUCUCUUCUGCCUCUUGGCACCCUUGACUGCUAGCACAAUGUUUACUUCUAGUUCGUCGACUCUUUCUCAGUACAUCAGCAAGUACUUCUCCUGGUCACUCGCCCAGACGUCCUAUAUCCUCUCACCCAUCGCCCUGUGCCACCUCCUCGUUCUGACCGCCCUGCCACGUCUGUCGGCCCACCUCCUCAAGCCUCGCCGUCGUCUGCGGCUCAACGACUUUACGAAGGACCUCCUUUUGACCCGUGCCUCGUAUGGCAUCCUUGCAAUCUCGGCAUUCUUGCAAGCCGUCAGCCCAUCCAUCGUGCUAUUUCUUCUGGCUAUUGCACUCGGCACACUCGGCUCCGCAACGCCGCCGUUGGCACGCGCUCUCAUCACGGCAUUUGUCGAAAAAGAACACACCUCGCGCCUCUAUGCCAUGUGUAGCAUCGUCGAGACACUCGGAGCCUUCAUCGGUGGACCAGUCCUGGCAUGGACAUUUUCAGCGGGAAUGCAAUUGGGCGGCAUCAUGAGGGGACUGCCCUGGCUCUAUGUCUCUUUUUUGCACGUAUGUGCCAUGUCGGCAUUCAUGAUGGUACGCGAACCGAAACACAUGAAGCCGCCGGUGCAAACGGAAAGCGGCGAGGAAGGGGUUGACGGCAUGGGGUAUGAGUCUGCAGCAGAGGACGAGGAGGAUUUCGCCGCUCGGUAG